GACAGUGACGUCACCACUCCUGUUUUUCCUACAUAAAUCACAUCGUCUUCUUCACUUAAACUCACACCCAGAAACCAGUUAUGGCUUUCUCUCUCUUCUUCCUCUUUCUCUCUCUACUUUCUCUCUCUACAACCACCACCACCGCCGGAACCCCCACCACCACCGCCACUCUAGACGUCGCCACCACCGUACAGAAAACCCUAGACCUCCUAAACCCUAACUUCCUCCAACAACAAUCCGACAAAACUCAAAAAACAAGUUCUGAAAGUCGUCCCAAAACGACAUCGUCUUCGUUAUCUUUCACCGUACAUCCUCGAUCAUCCAUCCACAACCACCACAAUGAUUACGAGUCGUUGACUCGGGCACGACUCGCUCGCGACUCGCACCGAGUCAACUCAGUGAUUACAAACAUCGACAUUUCAAUCUCUGGAACCAACCGGUCUGAAAUGAAACCGGUGGUGGAGUCAAAUUCGAUGUAUAAAGUUGAAGAUUUAUCGACGCCGGUGACAUCGGGAAUCUCACAAGGGAGUGGUGAGUAUUUUGCUAGGGUUGGGUUGGGUACUCCGGCGAAGGAGUAUUAUAUGGUCAUUGAUACUGGAAGUGAUAUUACUUGGCUUCAGUGUCAGCCGUGCUCGGAUUGUUAUCAACAAACCGACACGAUUUAUGAUCCCUCGGGUUCCAGUUCGUAUAAUUCGUUGCCCUGUGGUUCGCAACAGUGUCAGGCGCUUGAAACUUCUGCUUGCCGGAGCACCGGUUGUUUGUAUCAGGUAUCGUACGGAGACGGAUCAUUUACCGUGGGCGAUUUCGCAACAGAAACGGUGUCGUUCGGGAACUCAGGAUCUGUUCCGUCAGUAGCCAUCGGUUGCGGUCACGAUAACGAAGGGUUAUUCGUCGGAUCGGCCGGGCUUCUAGCAUUAGGCGGAGGUCCACUAUCACUCCCAUCUCAAAUCAAAGCGACGUCGUUUUCCUACUGUCUAGUCGACCGUGAUUCCGACAAAUCAUCCACUCUCGAAUUCAACUCCGCUCCACCGGCAGGCUCCGUCACAGCGCCGUUACUCCGAAACCCUAAAGUCAAAACAUAUUUAUACGUCGGUUUGACCGGAAUAUCCGUCGGCGGCCGCCCAUUAUCCAUCCCGCCAUCAAUCUUCGCCGUCGAUGAUUCCGGCAGAGGCGGAGCCAUUGUCGACUCCGGCACCGCCGUGACUAGGUUGCAGAGGCAGGCGUACAACUCGUUACGCGACGCCUUCACUCAGCAAGCAAGAAAUUUAAAACCUACGGACGGGUUUUCAUUAUUCGAUACAUGUUAUGAUUUCUCGUCGCUGACAAGAGUGGCGGUGCCUACAGUGGGUUUUAAUUUUGCGGGAGGUAAAACGCUGUCGUUGCGACCUGAGAAUUAUUUGAUUCCGGUGGAUUCGAAUGGGAAGUUUUGUUUGGCGUUUGCGCCUACGGAUUCGCCAUUGUCGAUCAUUGGGAAUGUCCAGCAGCAAGGGACACGGGUCGGUUAUGAUAUUAGUAAAUCCGUUGUUAGUUUUUCACCCAGUAAUUGUUAAAAUUGUUAAAUUAAAAGAAGACAUUUGAUUAUGAUAUUUUGUAUUGUCUGUUAUCUUCUAGUGCGAAAAUAGAUUUAGAGUUAAUUAUUUGAUUUUGAUGGUUU